UAAGCCUCUCUCGCAACACUGCACACCUGCACUUGCAUUAAAGCUCGCCCUCUCCAUGACAUGACUCACACGAUGCAGCCCGACGUCGACGAGAAGCUCGUCUCCACUCCUGGCUCCGAGACGCCACCCGCCGCCCUCGACCCGGCACCGGCCGAGGCGGGGGCAGGGCCAGGACCCAACCCCGACGGAGGCGCCAAGGCGUGGCUCACCGUCACGGGGAGUGCUUUCAUGGGCUUUGCGCAGUUUGGGCUCUCAAACGCAUUCGGCGUCUUUCAGCGGCACUACGAGGAGAACCAGCUGGCGGAUCGCACGCCCGACGAGAUCGCGUGGAUCGGCUCGAUCCAGCUCUUUCUCCUCUUCUCGGGAGGCCUGUUCAGCGGGCGCCUCUUCGAUGCGUUUGGCGCACACGCGCUCCUCAUUCCGGGCUCGAUCCUUUUCGCCCUCAGCCUCAUGCUCACGUCGUUGUGUACGGAAUACUACCAGUUCAUGCUUUGCCAGGGCGUGCUCUUCGGGUUAGCAUCUGCGCUCAUCUUCAACACUAUCGUCGCCGUUCCGUCGCAUUGGUUCGCCCGGAAGCGCGCGCUCGCUAUGGGCGUUGUCUUCACGGGUUCUGGGUUGGGAGGCACGAUCUGGCCCAUCGCCAUUGCGCGCAUGAUCCCCAAGCUUGGCUUCCCAUGGACUAUGCGCGUCGCGGGCUUCAUCUGCCUCGGCUGCUUUGCAGUCGGCAACGUGCUGAUUCGUACGCGCCUGCCCCGUAAACGGCCCGCUCCAUGGCGCGGAGUGCUCAAACCCCUCCGCGAGCCGGUGUACUCGCUCUUCGCAGCCAGUGGGUGCAUCAUGUCCCUGGCGCUCUUCAUGCCCUUCUUCUUCCUUCCAACAAACGCGCAGCGCCUCGGCGCGUCCCCCGACCUGGCGGCAUACACUAUGUCGUUCCUCAAUGCAGGCUCGACGCUGGGCCGCCUCGUCGGCGCGCUCGGCGACAAGAUCGGCCGCUUCAACCUCCUCGUGACCAGCUGCUUCACAUGUGCUCUCCUCCUUCUCGCCAUGUGGACGCCCAUGGGCGAUGUGCCCACCCUCAUCGCCUUCUCGGUGCUGUACGGCCUCGGAGUCGGUGUGCUCGUCUCGCUCGUGCCGGCGUGCAUCUCGCAGAUUAGCGAGCCGCACGAGAUCGGCGCGCGCGUGGGUCUUAACUAUGGCGGCGUGGGACUUUUCAUGCUUGCAGGCCCGCCGAUCAACGGCGCCAUCCUCAAGGCCCUCGGGAACGAUAGAGGCUUCCGGUACCAGGGUGUGUUUAGUGGUUUGUGUGUGGGCGUGGCGGCGCUGUUCAUCCUCGCAGCGAGGAUGAAGAUCUCCACCAAGUUGCGGGCGGUGGUAUAGGGCAGUGCCGUGUGGGAGUUGGCAUGGGGGUCUGGGGCGAGGAUUGGCAUGGGCGGUCUGAAGUCUGUAUGCAUUAGUUGCCA